GUACAAAAUUGUGCUGUCUGCUGCAAUGAGAAUUUUCCUGGGCAAGCUGCAGCUUUUCUUCCUUUCAAUGUCUUUGUAUUAGCAUUACAGACUCUUGACAUACUGACUAGAAGAUAGACAUUUUUUUUUCCUGCUGAUUGUAUGGGAGAAAUUUUGACCUCAGAAAGUGGAAAUGAGGUUGCUAUGGAAACUGAUAAUUCUGCUGCCACUCAUAAAUACUUGUGCAGGUGCUGGUCUCUUGAGUCAUCCUGUUUUUACCCAGGAGCCAGAAGAUGUUAUUUUUCCUUUGGGUUUAUCAAAAUCUGAAAUCAUCCUGAAUUGUGCUGCCAGUGGUAAUCCUUCACCCCAUUAUAGGUGGAAACAAAAUGGCACAGAUAUUGAUUUUACCAUGAGUUAUCACCACAGGUUGGAUGGAGGCAGUUUGGCAAUCAGUAGCCCCCAUACAGAUCAAGAUAUUGGCAUGUACCAGUGCCUGGCCACCAACACUCUGGGGACUAUUCUGAGUCGGAAGGCAAAGCUCCAAUUUGCAUAUAUUGAAGACUUUGAAACCAAAACAAGAAGUGCAGUGUCCGUCCGAGAAGGUCAAGGUGUGGUGCUUCUCUGUGGUCCACCACCACACUUUGGAGACUUAUCUUAUGCAUGGACCUUCAAUGAUAACCCCUUAUAUGUUCAAGAGGACAACAGGCGGUUUGUAUCCCAAGAGACAGGAAACUUAUACAUUGCCAAAGUGGAACCAUCAGAUGUGGGCAACUACACUUGCUUCAUAACAAACAAAGAAGCACAGAGAAGUGUUCAAGGACCGCCCACUCCAUUAGUGCAGCGCACUGAUGGUGUGAUGGGGGAAUAUGAACCAAAGAUUGAAGUGCGUUUUCCUGAAACUAUACAAGCUGCAAAGGAUUCAUCUGUAAAACUGGAAUGCUUUGCCCUUGGAAAUCCAGUUCCUGAUAUUAGUUGGAGGAGGUUGGAUGGAAACCCGUUGCCAGGGAAAGUCAAGUACAGCAAAUCCCAAGCUAUUCUUGAAAUCCCGAACUUUCAACAGGAAGAUGAAGGCUUCUAUGAGUGCAUUGCAGGCAACCUUCGAGGAAGAAACCUUGCAAAGGGUCAGCUCAUUUUCUAUGCCCCACCCGAAUGGGAACAAAAAAUCCAAAAUACAUACCUGUCUAUCUAUGACAACUUGUUUUGGGAAUGCAAAGCUAGUGGAAAGCCAAAUCCUUGGUACACCUGGUUAAAGAAUGGUGAACGCCUCAAUCCACAGGAAAGAAUUCAAAUAGAAAAUGGGACACUUAACAUAACUAUGUUGAAUGUGUCAGAUUCGGGUGUCUACCAGUGUGUUGCAGAAAACAAAUAUCGGAUAAUUUAUGCAAAUGCAGAAUUGAGAGUAUUAGCCUCAGCUCCUGAUUUCUCUAAAAUUCCCAUUAAAAAAAAUUCAGUUGUUCAAGUUGGUGGGGAUAUUACUAUCGAAUGCAAGCCAAAUGCCUUUCCUAGGGCAACUAUCUCCUGGAAAAGAGGAAUGGAGAGCCUGAGACAAAGCAAAAGAGUGUUUCUCUCAGAGGAUGGCAGCCUCAAGAUAUAUAACGUUACUAGGUCAGAUGCUGGAUCAUAUACUUGCGUAGCUACAAAUCAGUUUGGCGUUGCAAAGAACACUGGCAGCCUAGUCGUAAAAGAGAGGACUGUUAUUACCAUUCCACCUUCCAAAAUGGACGUUACAGUUGGAGAGAGUAUAGUCCUACCAUGCCAGGUGUCCCAUGACCCAUCCAUUGAAGUUGUAUUUAUAUGGUCUUUCAAUGGAGAUGUCAUAGACUUAAAAAAGGGAGUGACUCAUUUUGAAAGGAUUGGAGGAGAAUCUGUUGGGGAUUUGAUGAUAAGGAAUAUUCAAUUAAAUCAUUCAGGAAAAUACCUAUGCACGGUAAAAACAACUCUAGAAAGUUUAUCUGCUGUAGCUGAUAUCAUUGUUAGAGGUCCACCAGGUCCCCCCGAGGAUGUAAGAGUGGAACACAUUUCCAGUACUACUUCUCAACUAAGCUGGAGACCAGGCUCAGAUAAUAAUAGUCCCAUUCAAAUAUUUACUGUACAGGCUCGGACACCAUUUUCUGUGGGUUGGCAGGCUGUUUCAACUGUUCCAGAAAUUCUCAGUGGCAAGACAUACAAUGCAACAGUGGUUGGUUUGAGUCCUUGGGUGGAAUAUGAAUUUCGCGUCGUUGCUGGGAACAGCAUUGGGAUUGGAGAACCAAGUAAAGCAUCAGAACUGUUAAGAACCAAAGCAUCGGUCCCUGUUGUGGCACCAACAAACAUCAAUGGAGGUGGAGGAAGUCGGUCGGAACUCGUCAUUACGUGGGAGUCAAUUCCAGAAGAACUACAGAAUGGAGAGGAAUUUGGGUACAUCAUCAUGUUGCGGCCCGUUGGCUCAACAGCCUGGACCAAGGAAAGAGUACCGUCUGUAGAAUCAUCAAGGUUUGUUUAUAGAAAUGAAAGCAUCACCCCCCUCUCUCCCUUUGAAGUCAAAGUGGGUGUAUAUAAUAAUGAAGGAGAAGGAUCUCUGAGUACUGUGUCCAUUGUCUACUCUGGGGAAGAUGAACCUCAACUGGCCCCAAGGGGAACUUCUGUCCAGAGUUUUUCUGCUUCGGAAAUGGAGGUGUCAUGGAAUGCUAUUGCCUGGAAUAGAAACACUGGAAGAGUGUUGGGCUAUGAGGUGUUAUACUGGACAGAUGACUCCAAAGAAUCCAUAAUUGGGAAAAUUAGAGUCAAUGGGAAUGUCACAACCAAAAACAUCACAGGGCUAAAAGCCAAUACCAUCUACUUUGCUUCUGUGAGAGCUUAUAACACUGCUGGAACAGGGCCCUCAAGCCCCCCAGUCAAUGUUACUACCAAAAAGUCUCCUCCAAGCCAACCACCAGCUAACAUUGCCUGGAAGCUGACAAACUCUAAAUUAUGCCUGAAUUGGGAGCAUGUAAAAACCAUGGAAAAUGAGUCCGAAGUAUUGGGCUACAAGAUUCUGUACCGGCAAAACAGACAGAGUAAAACACAUAUUUUGGAAACAAACAAUACCUCGGCUGAGCUUCUGGUUCCAUUUGAAGAAGACUACUUGAUUGAAAUAAGAACAGUUAGCGAUGGUGGGGAUGGAAGCAGCAGUGAGGAAAUUAGAAUUCCAAAAAUGUCAAGUUUGAGUUCCAGAGGAAUUCCAGCCUUAGAACCUAGCAUCUACUUCCUGUCAGUUGUCAUAUUUUUUACUGUUUUACAAUUCAGCCACUUACACGAUGAAUGAAACCAUAAAUCUUUGAGAGUUUUUUGAAAGCAAAUCAUUCUGUAAAUAAGCUCUCCAGCCCCCAUCACAAAAUACAUGAUUAAUACAAACUUGUUUGGAAAGGGGGAAAAAAGUGUAUAUUAUUAAGAACCUGUAAAUAUCUAUGGUACAUUAAUAAAACAGUUUUAAAAACUUUUGAAUUUUAAAGUUCAUACAUGAUUACGUACAUUCAGAAAGUGCCAAAUAAUCUCUGGAAUUUUAACUGCUGUGGCUUUUAAGUGACUUCUAUGGGAAAUAUAAAUAACUCUCCUCGAUGACGAUGAUGAAUAUGAAAUAGGUUGCAGUUAUCAUAGGGAAGAUGUAUAUUUUUUUAUAUGCUCCAAGCAAUUUACUUCAGUAUUAAAAAUGUUCACCCUACUUGGAAAUAAAAUGUCAUUAUUUGUUUAUAGUUGGGAUUCUUAAAAAUGUAAGCUAUUCCAAAUGGUGAUGAUGAUGUGCUUUUACCUCUAAGUUAGGUGAGGCUAGGCAAUAUUCGUACCCAAUAAAAAAUGUAUAUACAUGAUGUUCCUUUUGACUCACUGUUUUAGGAGGUUCAGGAAUAAUAAUGACAGGAAAAAGUGCUUUAUGGCAAAGAAAGAGAAAAGAAGGGAAAUAAGCACCCAUCUAAAAUAAUCUAACAGGGGCGCCUGGGUGGCUCAGUGGGUUAAAGCCUCUGCUUUCGGCUCAGGUCAUGAUCCCAGAGUCCUGGAAUCAAGCCCCGCAUCAGGAUCUCUGCUCAGCAGGGAGCCUGCUUCCCUCUCUCUCUCUCCCUCUCUCUCUCUCUCUCUCUCUCUCUGCCUACUUGUGAUCUCUGUCUGUCAAAUAGAUAAAUAAAAUCUUUAAAACAAUCUAACAACUCUGGUAUAUAACAGGUAUCUUCUCACUGCAAAAUUUAAUUUUUUAAAUCAAUUUUGAAUUCUCCUAUGGAAAAUGUUUCCUGACCAAAUCUCAGGUAAUUAUUACAAAUUGUUAGCAAUGCAACUGGGCUUGUUUUCAUACAAUAAGUAAAUCUAGUAACAGAAUUAUUUAACCAAGUUUUUGACAUUUUGGUAUAUAUAUAUAUAUUCCAUCUUCCCUGCAACUAUGAAAAUAAUCCUACACUGUCCAAGACUUAAAAAGAUGUUUGCAGGUUGACUCUUCUCUAAGGUGAACCUAUUUGAGUCAGUGGUCCUACUUCUUGGAACUGCAUUCUGGAAAAAGCAGUAUGAGAGAAGGUAAGGUUAAUGAGUAGGCUAAUGCCAUUCCAUGGGGCCAUCCGUUUCCUUCACGAACAGCCUUGAGGAGUUUGGCCUCCUGGCAGUCUGCCCUCACUGCCAGCCAAUCAGACUUGAUGUCCUGGGGAGCUAGGAUUGAGAAAUAGUCACACUAGUUUUGCCUUCUUCACAUGGUGCGACCUCUUAAUUAUGUUGAAAUAUUUGAAUUAUCCUCACAACCCUCAAAUCACACAGUCCUCAAAAUUGGAUUUUGUCCUUUUCAUUUCUGAUGUAUUUUAGAGCUGUUUAAAAUACCCAGUGUAGUCGGCAGCAGAUGGACAAUGACUUUUCAUAGUUCAGAAUUUCUCCCUGCCUGAAUAGUGUGUCAAGCAUACAGUACAAAUUAAUGAGCCUUAUUCUCCUCCAUGCCCUAAGAUAUGGCUGUGCUUUGAUGGAGCAAAAUAAAUAAGCAAUAGCAAAUGCUGUUUGGCACACUCAUGUGAAUAGCUGCCUGUCCACGACACAGCUGUAUUGACCAGAAAUACAGGCCCACAUG